CUAUUAUUAUAAAAUAUUUCAUUGUCUUUUAAACUGUGAUACUUAAAAAAAGAGUUUCUUGAUCAGAAAGACUGAUUCCAUGUUGCAUGUUGUUGUAUUUGGGAUGGACUUAACAUGUAAAAAGCUGCUGGGAUCUUUAAUUCAUGUGAUGCCAAAAGGGCUUUAUUAUUUUUAGCCCAACCCUUUUGACCAUCAAUGGCGGCUGUAAAUACUCUAACUUUCUACUCAUCCUUAUCACAGAGGUCAUAGUUCAGCAGCAGUCAGUCUCAAUGGGCAUACAUUGACAGGUGAUGUCUAUCUUUAAAAAGCACACACAACUGAAAACCCAAUAAUUAUACACAGAUCUGUACACAGGUGCACUUAAACAGCUGGAGGUUUGAUUCCAGCAGUGACAGGGGGAGGACACAAUGCUUUCUGAGGUCAGACACGGUGUGUUUCGGGCACAUGUCAGGACAGAAGAGGUGACGGGUCUGAGACUGACAGAUGCUUGAAUGGAAAAGCCUUUAAUUGGAUGAGGACCGUAAUGGCUUGUCCGGCUUCUGAUGGAUAUAUCCAAGAAAAAGGACUCAGAACCUGAACUUCUUGUGAUGUGUAAAUGAAGUAUGGGAUUGGAUGUACGGCUUCAAUUCACCAUGUCUUUAAAAUGUGGACUCUUCACGCUAUGCCUCUUUAUUCUGCCUGUCACAGGAAUUAAAGAAAUACUCAGCUCAACAAACGUACCAAGCCUGUCAAAGCAGAAUUCUGGGAUGAGAACUUUAUUUGAAAUGGAACAACAUCGAGUCAAAAGGUCGGAUUUCUUUCAUUCUGAGGUGAAAGUUUGUCCACAGGAAACAGUGAGAGAAGUUAUAGCAAGUCACCAAGCAUACUACACACUGAGAGUUUGCCAGGAGGCUGUAUGGGAGGCUUUCCGGAUUUUUCUUGACAGAAUUCCCAGCAGUUCAGAGUACCAGAAAUGGGUCCACAUUUGCCAGCACGAGUCCUUGUGCAUCUCAGAUCUGGCUGCAAACUUCAGCAGUUCUCAAGAACACGUUGACAUGGUCUACAGAAGGGUGAAUCUAAAUAAUGAAAAAGUGCAAGAACGAAAUGUACAUGAAAAGCCAGAAACCGAUGAGGCACCAGGAACAGAAGGAUCAGAGAAAGCCCAGACUGAGGCUGAAAUAGUUAAAUCUGCUUCCACAGCUGAAUCAACUACUACUGAACUUACAGAAUCUACUACUGAAUUAACCACUGAAUCCACUGCUGAACUUAGAGAAUAUACUACUGAAUCAACCACUGCUGAACCUACUGAAUCUGCUACUAAAAUAACCAGUGAACCAACCACUGAAUCCUCUGCUGAACCUACUGAAUCUGCUACUGAAAUAACCAGUGAAUCAACCACUGAAUCCUUUGCUAAACUUACAGAAUCUACUACUGAAUCAACCACCGAAUACACUGCUGAACUUACAGAAUCUACUACUGAAUUAACCACUGCUGAACCUACUGAAUCUGCUACUGAAAUAACCAGUGAAUCAACCACUGAAUCCUCCGCUGAACUUAGAGAAUAUACUACUGAAUCAACCACUGCUGAACCUACAGAAUCUGCUACUAAAAUAACCAGUGAACCAACCACUGAAUCCUCUGCUGAACCUACUGAAUCUGCUACUGAAAUAACCAGUGAAUCAACCACUGAAUCCUUUGCUAAACUUACAGAAUCUACUACUGAAUCAACCACCGAAUACACUGCUGAACUUACAGAAUCUACUACUGAAUCAACCACUGCUGAACCUACUGAAUCUGCUAUUGAAAUAUCCAGUGAAUCAACCACUGAAUCCACUGCUGAACUUACAGAAUCUACAACUAAAUCAACCACUGAAUCCAUUACUGAAUCUACUACUGAAUCUACUACUAAACCUACUACUGAAUCUGCUACUGAGACAACUGAAUCUGCUAGAGAAUCUACUAAAUCUAUUAAUAUAUCUACCAAUGAACCUACUGAAUCUAUUAAUAAAUCGACUACUGAAUCUUUUACUGAACCUAUUGCUGAAUCUGCUACUGAAUCUAUUGCUGAACCUACUACUGAAUCUACUUCUGAUUCGACUGAAUCUACUAUCCACACUUCUACAGACACAGCUACUGUCUCACAGGGGUCGGAUCUUCCAAAUGUAGUUCCAGAGCAUCCAGUUCAUCAGGUCAUUGAGUUCAGCAUUACCCUGAUGGAUUCUGGGUACCAAGAGAUACUGAGAGACACAGAUUCACCUCAAUAUCAUGAUCUCUCACGACAUCUCCAGGAACAGAUGCAACAUGUUUUCGACGACCUACCUGGAUUUAUUGAGGUACAGGUGUUAAGGAUAAGUGAGACAGAAGCGCCUGAGAGGUCUGGAGGAAUAUCAGUGAUCUACACAGUGGUAUUUGAGGCCAUUCCAGCAAACAUUGCCACAAAGAGUUCAGAUACUGGUGCAGUUGUCUCUUCUUCUGGUGUGAAGGAUACCAUAGUUAAAGCUUUGAGUAAAAAAGCAUCUCUUCUUGAUCUUAACUCGCUGACCUUUGACACAGGAAGAAAACAUCCCACAACAAUGAUGUCCGUCACCACAAUUUCUGAAGACGUCAUAACUGAGUCCCCUGAUCAAGAUCCACAUAAGGACCUUCGUUCUCCAACCGAACAUACUGAGGUUUCAUCGGAUACUCUGGAUUUAACAACUGCUGCAAGUUUCCCCAUAACCACAACAAUGAAACCAACAGUGGAACCUGAGAAUGAAGCAGUCAUUAUACACACACUUGAAACUGUUCAAAGUGAAACAAGUGAACUCAUAAAAGAAAAUCAUCCAGAUAAAGCUGCUAGUGAAGACGACAGCAAAUCAACUAUUACUGAUAGAGAUAAUGUCUCAUUGGUGCCAAGUGAUGAACAGGUUGACACCACACCGAAAACUUCCUCAGAAAGUGACUUUAAUGUAAACACUAUACCUGAAAAUGACAAUAUAUUUAACCCCAUAACGACCACCACAAGCAUUAUAUUCACCUCUGCAACCAUGGUUAGUCUGAGGACUGAGUUGCCUGUCACAUCUGACUCCACCAUCACCCUACAACCAGCAACCGAGCCAAAUGAUUUCACAUCCCAAGCGACAGAUUCCAAUGAAAUUCCAGAGGUGCCACCAGUGAAUACUGGGAUGGGAAUAGGGGAUGAAGAGGGCACUAAAGUGGUGCUGAACGAACCACCAGAAGAGACCACGUCUGAUGUUGAUAUACUCAAGGUGAAGGUUAAGCCUGUUGAGGUAACUGGAUUUGAACAAGUGACUGUAGUAACAGUUGAAGAAGAUACGAUCGCAGAAGGUAACAAAACAAAUGAAAAGGUAGCAGAAUCAGACAAAGAGGUGUUUACAGACUUAUCAGUAGAAGAAAUUAUGGAAAAUGAUGAAGAGGUACAAGUAGAGCAAAAAGAUGUUGUUCCAACAGAAGUAACUCAAGAGAAACCUCAAUUAAUAGGACCUAAAGAUGAAGAGGGUGAUGUGGUGGAACUUCCGACAGAUGCUGAUGGACCUUCUAGGGAAACUAUCAACACUAAAAGACCUGAUGUGGGGAUGGCAAGUGAUGUCCCUGAAUCGUCUACUGAAGGUCCACAAGAACCUCCUGUAGAGAUUGAACCACUAGGGAUUUUAUUGUCAGUGACUUACCCUGUUGAACAAUUUGACUAUUACCAACCUAAAGAAAAUGAUAAUCUGUCCUAUGUGCCAGCUGGCAGUGUUCAACCAGGGUUGGACAAUACUACACCAGAACACGUGGAAGACACUGGGCUUGAGGACCAACUAUCCAAACCUGAGGUUAUUGAGGAAGCUCUUGAGAAACCAUUUGUGGAGAACAAGACCGUAGUAUCAGAACAGACUCUGACUGAUGGUCAAUUUACCGUAACAGAGUCUCUACCUGAUUUGAAGAAAGAUAGAGACCUACCUGUUGGAGAAAGUGAGAAGCCAGAAGUAACACAAACAGAGGCUGGCCCUGUAGUACAUGGGACUGUAAAGACACCUGCUACUGAUCCACCCUCGACAACUUUAACUGCAGACCCUGGACUUUAUACAGUAGUUUUCACAGAUGUAUCAACACCUGGAAAAGAGGAAUAUGAUUCGCCAACCGGAAGAGCACAAUCAUCUGUUGUCCAUAGCACUGUUCCUAUGGAUCUGGACAAUGUAAAAGUGCAGAAUGUGGAAACUGGGAACCCAUCUAUUCAUUUUAAAGAUCCAGCCACUGAGCUAGACCAAAUGGAUGUAGUAAGUGCAGAGACCGUUGAUUUCUUAAGUUACGACAGUAGAUAUUCUUUCCCAGAUGAUGGACAUCUGUUGGUGACAACAAAGGCACCAUCACUGAAGUAUUUGACAACUCCUUCAAUGACCACAGCUAACAAAGGCAAAGAGCUGGUUGUGUUUUUUAGCUUGCGUGUCACGAACAUGUUAUUCUCGGAAGAUCUUUUCAAUAAGAGCUCUACAGAAUACAGAUCAUUGGAAAACAGAUUUGUCGAAUUGCUACUUCCAUAUCUACAGUCUAACCUAACCGGCUUUAAGCAGUUAGAGAUCCUCAACUUCAGAAAUGGAAGCGUGGUGGUCAACAGCAAGAUGAAGUUCGCCAAGUCCGUGCCAUACAACAUCACUCGGGCUGUCCAGUGUGUCUUGGAGGAAUUCUGUGAUGCUGCAUCCAAACGUCUGGACAUAAAGAUCGACAGUCAUUCUUUAGACAUAGAACCAGCGGAUGAAGCAGACCCCUGCAAGUUUCUUGCCUGCAACCAGUUUUCCAAAUGCACAGUGAACCGCCGGACAAAGGAGGCACAGUGUUUGUGUGACCCAGGCUACGUGUCACUGGACGGAUCGACAUGUCAGAGUCUCUGUGUUGUCCAACUUGAUUUCUGUCUCAAUGGAGGAGAAUGUGAGAUUGUGCCAGGGCAUGGUGCCGCUUGCAGAUGUGCCGUAGGUAAAUUCUGGCACUUUAUCGGGGAGAGAUGUGCAGAGCUGGUCUCCGUUCCUCUAGACCCUUUUCUUUCUCUAGUGUUCCUCAUGGUUGGCCUGACCUUUCAAUAUGCCAUCAUUACUAUCUUGUUAUCUUUGUGCAGGAAAUGCGUACGGACCAGAAAGACACUAACUCUAGUAGAGCGAGAGCAGACCACCAUACCAGGCCUGUCCAGUUCACCAUGAGAAGAUUUACACAAUUAUAAUAACUUUCAUUGAGGAACGGGUGGCUACAUUUCACGAGGUUUAGAUGUACUUCUCAAGACUUUCAAAUGAGUGGCCAUACGUCCUGAAAGAACGAAUAAUGAAGUCUUAGUGCUGUUUAUUUAUAUUUUACCUGUCAAUCUCUUGAGAAAAUUGAGAAACUCAUCAAUAUUUCAGGUGGACUGUUUGAAAUAACAGAAAUUAUUUGGAGUUUCCUCACAAUGAGGAAAUAAUUCUGUAUUGUCAUAGAGAAAACUUUAAGUGUUUCAUAUUUAGCUGGGGAAAUAAUUAUGACAUGGUGUUUAAAUAUCAAUUGUCCUGCAUGUAUUGUGGAGACAUUUUUGUCCUUUAGCAUGGUUGUGUUAAAAAAUAUACUGCUAAA